CUUACUAUGGUGUCGUCUCUCCUGUCCGAGGCUGCAGUUACCGUGAUCAGUAGAUGACGUCUCUGACCGACCAGCACUCGGAGUAAGAAGUGCUGCAGCAGUGCGCAGUGCUGACAUGCAGCCUGGGAAUAUAUCACAAGUGUCUUCUACCAGCCCAUCUAGUCCAGUGACAUGGGCCAGCAAAGUAAAACAACCUCCAAAAGCUAUGAUCCCUCCAACUACCUCAGUGAAACCUGUAUGUUCUUCCCCUAGCAUUGCUAAGGAUUCAAAAUCACAGGGCUGGAACAAGAUGUUAUCAUCACCAAAUUUAGCUACUGAAACAGAGGCUGAGGAAGUGGUUGCUAAAAAAAAGAGGAAGAAAAAGAAGAAGAAUAAACCGAGUCCAAGCAAUGAACACUCCGAAAGUGUAAAGUUUACAAAUGAGAACAUUGUUAUACAGGAACCUCCAAAAUUUCAAGAUACUGAGGAAUUCCCUGACCUGAUGUCCUCUUCUGGUGUUGCUGAAAGAGGUUUAAGACCUGAAAAUAGAAGCUAUUCAAGUUUCAGCCAGGGACCUCGAGGGGCAUUGGAGUCAUCGAAGACAAAAGGCAGUGGCAAGAAGAGCAAAACUCCUGUACAGCUGGAUUUAGGGGGCAUGCUGACAGCACUGCAGCAGAAACAACACAUUGAUAAAACCAAACCAUCUACUAAGGCAGUCGUCUUAUCUGUUGGUGGAGGUGUCCCUGUGCUACCCAGAGAGCCCAACAACAUAAUUAAGAACCCUCAGACAAAACAAGGCCAAGCACCUCACAACCCCCUUGAUUCUAGCGCCCCUAUGGUCAAGAAAGGAAAGCAGCGAGAGGUGCCCAAAGCCAAGAAACCAACUUCCCUGAAAAAGAUUAUUUUGAAAGAAAGAGAACAAAGGAAACAGCUGCAGGGUUCUGUACCCCAGGAAGCAGCCCAGAAAGUGGUGGAAGAUCAUUUAGAUGAUGCGGAGGGAACGGUUGAGUGCCAGGACGUGGUGUCUGAAGAGCCUCUUUGUUCUGAAAGUCCAGAGGAUAUGGAGGAGAAAAUGGAAUCGGAGGUUGGUUGCUCUGCUUCAACAAAUGAAUCUUUAAAGAAUCUCCCUGAUGCCACCAGUGUUGUUCCUGUUAAUCAAGUGAAUACCAACCUCCCAAAAAUUCACAGCAGAAGAUUUAGAGAGUAUUGUAGUCAGGUUCUCAGUAAAGAAGUGGACACUUGUGUGACAGAUCUUCUUAAAGAACUGGUGCGCUUCCAAGAUCGCUUGUACCUUAAAGAUCCAGUUAAAGCGAAGACAAAAAGACGUCUUGUGAUGGGAUUACGUGAGGUGUUAAAACAUCUCAAACUAAAAAAAUUGAAGUGCGUAAUCAUUUCUCCCAACUGUGAAAAGAUCCAGUCUAAAGGUGGGUUGGAUGACACUCUUCAGACAAUUAUUAGCUGUGCCUGUGAACAGAAUGUCCCUUUUGUGUUUGCACUCAAUCGCAAAGCUCUGGGCCGUUGUGUGAACAAAGCUGUCCCUGUUAGUGUGGUCGGGAUAUUCAGCUAUGAUGGAGCCCAGGAUCACUUCCAUAAAUUAUAUGAACUUACAAUGCAAGCCAGACAAGCCUAUAAGGACAUGGUUUGCUCAUCGCAAGAAGAUACUGGAGAAGGAGAUGAGGUGGAAAGUGUUUUAGAAAAUAGUCCGCACCAACCUAUGGAAGUGACUGCAAAGUCCGCAGCAGAUGAGGCAGAAGAGCCAAACUACAUUAAAGUGUGGAAGAGGAUGCUGGAAGAGCAAUACAAUCCUUACACCCUGAGCCUUGAAGAGACUGUCACUAAUGACAUGUUUAAUUUCCAUUUAUCAUGA